CGGGAUCAUUUUCAGUUUUUCACAAACUUUUUUUUCACCAUAAAAAAAAGUUCAAAAAAAAGCAGCAGCUUUUUUUCAUCAAAUAAUUCUACUACCAUAUUUGUCAUUAGAUUUCAAUAAUCAAUUUUCAAUUUUUCAUACUCUUUCACUCGGAAAAAUCAAACGUGUUGACGUGACCAUUCUCCUCAUUGACCAUUCUCUCUCUUCAAUAUAUAUACACUCCCACCACUUCAUUCUUUGCUUAGAUGAGAUCCUCUUAAUUCCAUACAUACAUACAUACAUACUCUCCUUCAUCUCACCUACAAAUCUCAAACCUUCUAAAAAUGGCAGGAGCUAAAGAAAUCUUUGGCACAUCAAUUAUGGAAAGAUCUUCAUUAAUUUCUUCCACUAAGUUCAUCCAAACACUCCCUUAUACUAAAAAAUUCCCUGUUUUAAUUAAACCUAAUUAUUUAAGAGGGAAAAGAUUGUCUGUGAGACCUGUAGCUGCUGUUAGUGAGGAUUAUUACUUGAUCAAAACAUCUCAGCCGUCUGAUUUGUUGGGUCAUAAUCAUGAUGAUUCUGGUGAUGCUAAAUUUAAGGUUAGAGCUGUGGUUACUGUGAGGAACAAGAUUAAGGAAGAUUUAAAAGAAGCACUUGUUAAACAUAUUGAUAAUUUAUCUGAUAAGAUUGGCAGAAAUGUUGUUCUUCAGCUUGUUAGCUCUGAAAUUGAUCCAAGAGCAAGAGGACCAAAGAAAAGCAGCGAAGCAGUAUUGAAGGAUUGGUCAAAAAAAUCAAAAUUGAAAGCUGAAAGGGUGAAUUAUUUGGCUGAAUUUGUGGUGGACUCCAAUUUUGGUGUACCAGGAGCUAUCUUAAUCACCAACAACCACCAACAAGAGUUUUUCUUAGAGAGUAUUACUAUUGAAGGUUUUGCAUGUGGCCCUAUCCAUUUCCCUUGCAAUUCUUGGGUUCAAUCUUACAAAGAUAUUCAAGCCAAGAGGAUAUUUUUCCAUAAUAAGCCAUAUCUACCACAUGAGACACCUGCAGGACUGAGAGCACUAAGAGAGAAGGAGUUGAAAGAAAUAAGGGGUAAUGGCAAAGGAGAGAGAAAAUUGUCGGACAGGAUUUAUGACUAUGAUGUCUAUAAUGACUUGGGCAAUUCAGAUAAAGGAGCAGAAUAUUCACGUCCAAUUCUUGGAGGUCAAAAGAUUCCAUAUCCUAGACGGUGUCGUACUGGCAGACCUCCUAUGGAAACUGAUAUCAUGAUUGAGAGCCGUGUGGAGAAGCCAUUACCAAUAUAUGUUCCUAGAGACGAACAAUUCGAGGAAUCAAAGGCAGGAACAUUCUCUUUCUGCAGGCUGAAAGCAGUUCUUCACAACUUGCUACCAUCGUUAACAACCAAUAUUUCAUCUAAGCACGAUUUCACCGGGUUUAAGCACCUUGACAGCCUCUUCAGUGAAGGGUUACUUCUUAACCUUGGUUUACAUGAUGAACUUCUUAAGAAACUGCCUCAAGUUGUCAGCAAAAUCCAGACAACAAGUCAAGGCUUGCUUAAGUUUGAUACCCCUGUCAUAAUUUCCAAGGAUAAAUUGGCCUGGAUGCGAGAUGAUGAAUUUGCAAGACAAUUUUUAGCUGGUGUUAACCCCGCUAGCAUUGAGAGGAUGCAGUCUUUUCCACCAGUGAGCAAGCUUGACCCAAAUACUUUUGGUCCUGUAGAAUCUUCCCUCAAAGAAGAACACAUUGUUGGGUACCUAGAUGGGAUGUCGGUGCAACAGGCUCUGGAUGCGAACAAGCUAUUCAUUGUGGACUAUCACGACACAUUUCUUCCAUUUUUGGAGCGAUUGAAUGCUCUAGAUGGCCGGAAAUCUUAUGCAACUAGAACUGUGUUCUUCCUAACCUCACUUGGCACCCUUAAGCCAAUCGCCAUUGAGCUGAGUUUACCACCAUCGGGACCCAAUCCAAACUCGAAAAGGGUAGUGAGUCCUGCGCUUGAUGCCACCAGUAACUGGAUUUGGCAGCUAGCUAAGGCUCAUGUCUGUGCCAAUGAUGCUAGUGUUCACCAACUUGUUCAUCACUGGUUGCGGACUCAUGCAGCAUUAGAGCCAUUUAUCCUAUCAGCUCACAGGCAAUUGAGUUGUAUGCAUCCUAUUUACAAGCUCUUGGAGCCGCAUAUGAGAUACACAUUGCAUAUCAAUGCUCUAGCUCGCCAAAGCUUGAUCAAUGGGGAUGGUGUUAUUGAGGCUUGUUUCACCCCUGGUCGCUAUAGCAUGGAGAUUAGCGCGGCUGCCUAUAAGGAUUGGCGUUUUGACUUGGAAGGCCUCCCUUCUGAUCUUAUCCGAAGAGGAAUGGCAGUACCAGACAGCACACAACCACAUGGACUGAGGCUUUUGCUUAAGGAUUAUCCAUAUGCCGCUGAUGGGUUACUAAUUUGGGAGGCCAUCGAAAACUGGGUUCGAGAUUAUGUGAGCCAUUACUACAAGGACACGAACCUAGUGUCCGAUGAUAGGGAGAUUCAGGCUUGGUACUACGAGGCAGUCAAUGUAGGUCAUGCUGAUGUGCGUGAUGCAAGCUGGUGGCCAGAACUAAACACUACAGAUGACCUUGUAAAAAUCAUCACUACUUUGGUUUGGUUAGCCUCCGCCCAGCAUGCUGCUCUUAAUUUCGGGCAGUACCCUUAUGGAGGGUACGUCCCAAAUCGCCCUGUUUUGAUGCGUCGUUUGAUCCCCGAUGAGAAUGAUCCCGAGUAUGCAAGCUUCUUGUCUGACCCGCAAAAGUUUUACCUAUCUGCACUCCCUAGUGUCUUACAGUCAAGCAAGUUUAUCGCAGUGAUUGACACCCUCUCUACACACUCUCCUGAUGAGGAGUACCUUGGGGAACGAGCCCAGCCCUCGACAUGGACCGGGGACCCAGUGAUUGUCGAGAAGUUCUUCGAGUUCUCGUCGGAGAUAAGAAGGGUGGAGAAAGAAAUUGAUCGGAGGAACUCUGAUACUAGCCUUAGAAAUAGGUGUGGUGCUGGUGUAAUCCCUUAUGAGCUUAUGGCUCCUAGCUCUGAGCCUGGAGUUACUUGUAGAGGAGUACCCAAUAGCAUAACUAUUUAACGGCUAGACUUGCGAUUUUAACUAUUUUGUUUUGAUCCCAAAUUAGUGGUUGGGAUCUCGUGAUAUAGUUUUAAGUGUAUCUAGAGAGUCAACUAUCUGUAAUAACUAAUAUGCUAUUGGACUUAGAGAAAGCUUAUGUUUUGUAUAAACCCAAAUAACUAAAAUUUAAUGACCAAUUAUUGUAUAUGAAUAUUUAUUCGGGAGUGGAUUAUGGCAAAA